UUUGAGCUGGUCCCACUGUGGCAAAUUACCUAAUUUUUUGGUAAAUAUGCGAUCCAAUUUGUUUUCCGGCGCCUCGCGGCUCUUAAAAUACGGCCGGAAUGGAAAACUUCUGAGUCGAGGAAAGAGCACCAAGGCGACCUCGAGCAGCUUGGACUCGCAGCACCAGGAUGCGGCGACCACCGAGGGCGGAAAAUCGGAAUCCGUCGAGGAGUCGCCGGAGCAGCAACAAAAGUUGCCCACCAGGGAGCCGCUGGCCAAGAAUUUCUUCAUUGGAGUGGUGGACAAGGAACUGCUGGCCUAUCCGGAGGUGAUACCUCGCGAGGAGAUGUCCCAGUUGCAGAAUUCCCUACUUCCCCUGAAGAACUACUUUGCGGAGCCCCGGGAAACGGAGGAGAAGACAUCCACAGAGACUCUCCGGCAAUUGGGACUCUAUGGCCUGAAUGUGCCCACGGAUUUCGAGGGCAAAGGCUAUGGAUGGAGUGCCAGCCUGAUGGCCAGUGAACCGGAUUCAACGGAUACGAAUGUGACUCUGGGUUUGCAAACUCACCGCGUGGUUGUGGAUCUCCUCAAGGAAGUGGGCACUCCACUGCAGCAGCAGCGAUACCUGCCGGAUUUGGCCCAGGGCAAACUGAUGGCCACCGAAGCCAUCUACGAGUAUUCACCGCCCGAGGAGGAUUACUUCAGCACCCAGGCAGAGUUGCUGCCCGAGACCGGAAAGUGGUCGCUCAAUGGCGAAAAAGCCUUUGUGGUCUGCACUCCGGGGGAGCGACAGCUUUUCCUUGUGCUGGCGCAAACCCAACAGCCGAAUGUCCCGGGAGCUCUGGGACGUGGCACCACCAUCUUCCUGGUUGACUCCCAACAGGAAGGUGUGCGUUUGGGUGAGCAACAUGCCACCUUUGGUUGCCGCCAAGCUGAAAUUCGACGUGUCCACUUUGACCGGGUUACGUUAAGCGAGGAGCAGGUGGUGGGCAUCCCACACGAUGGCAAUCGUAUAUCGGAGCAACUGGUUAGAUCAUCCCGACUGAGGAGCAGUCUGGUGGGCGUGUCCCUGGCCAAGAAACUGCUCAACGAACUGGCCCAAUACAGCGUGACAACCACUCAGUGUGGAGUUCAACUGAAAGACCUGGAGCUGACCCGUGUGCACCUUUCCCGAGCCAUGUGCUCGGUAUAUGCAAUGGAGAGCAUGAUCUACAUGACCGCCGGCCUGCUGGACGAGUUCCGUGCCCAGGAUGUUUCCUUGGAGAGUGCCAUCACCAAGUACUUCACAUUGCAGCAGCUGUACGAGAUUGCCUCCCAGAAUCUUGGCCUCGUGGGACCCAAGAGUCUGCUCAGCGGCGAGGCCACCGAACUGGGACUUCGAGAUGCAGCUCAGCUGUGCACGCAGGGUGAAUCUUUGGACACCCUGGGCAUGUUCAUCGCCCUCACAGGAUUGCAACAUUCGGGCCAAGCCAUGAAUACGGGUGUGCGUAAGUCCAGGAAUCCCCUAUUCCAUCCUGGUCACAUAUUUGGCAAGUUCCUGGACACCAACAGCAUCGACAGUCCCAAGACAAAGAUGCAGCUUUCGGAGCAUGUGCAUCCAUCUUUGGAGGCGGCAGCCCAGUGCAUUGAGCACUCGGUGGCCCGGCUGCAAAUGGCCGUGGAGCUGAUGUUCACCCGGCAUGGCAAUGCUGUGGUGGAGCGCCAGAGUGAAAUGCAUCGACUGGCGGAGGUGGGCACCAUCAUCUAUGCCAUGUGGGCCAGUGUGGCGAGGGCUUCGCGAUCCUAUUGCAUUGGCCUUUCACUGGCCGAUCACGAACUGCUGACGGCCACUGCGAUCUGCUCGGAGGGCAGGGAUCGCGUCCACACCCUCUGCACCCAGAUCUAUGGCGGCAAUUUCGUCAACAACGACAACAACUUGCUGCGACUCUCCAAACAACUGACCAAGAGCAAGGGCUACUUCCCCGUCCAUCCGCUCACGUUCAACUUCUAAGCCCGGCUGGUAGUUUAGUUUAUUAUUGCCUUUAAACAUUAAAGUAAAUAUUUGUUAUUGAUAA